UUUGGCGCUUGAGGACUCCAAUGUCAACUGUGCUUUGCAAAAUCAGCCCGUAUGUCGCAUCUACAUUAAUCUAUGAUUCUAGGGACUUUAAGACAUCAACAUAACCACACUUUUGCACCAAACAACACAAAAACUGACACUUAUUUUUUAUUUACGUUCAUCAAUUCGUAAAUAUGGACAACCUGGCUGAACAGUGCGAAGAAAUCGAAGCCCUAAAGUCAAUUUACGACAACAAGUGGAAACUAGAACCGGCGACGAACUGCUACUCCAUACAGAUCACCCCAAACGUGAAACUAUUCAUCACUUUGAAUGAAAACUACCCGUCGACUGCGCCCCCUAAUUUUGAGCUGCUAGCCCCCACGUUGACAGUCGAUCAAAAACAACAAGUCACCGACGAGUUCCAGGAGAUUUAUGAAAGUAAUAUGGGGGGACCUAUUUUAUUUCAGUGGGUAGAAAAGUUGAAAGAAAUAGCGGAAAUUGAAACUCCAGCUGCAGAAACUACGGAGUUAGAAACCAGUGACGUUGAAUUAAUAGUUUCCCCUGCACAAGUAACUCAAUUGAGUGUGACACAUGGUGAGGUUAUUCAAGACCGAAAAAGCGCCUUCCAAGGACACGCGAGUCCGGUUUUUUCACUAGAAGACACAAAGGUGUUUAUUAAUCAUUUACUUGAGAAUAAAAAAAUUUCUCAAGCUACUCACAACAUUGUGGCUUAUAGAAUAUUAACACCGAAGGGUACAGUGUUGCAAGACUGUGACGACGAUGGGGAAUCUCACGCUGGAAGCAGGGUAUUGCACUUACUACAAAUUCGUGACUUAACUAACGUCAUGGUUGUAGUUUCAAGAUGGUAUGGGGGCAUUCAUUUAGGGCCAGACCGGUUCAAACACAUCAACAAUGCAGCAAGACAAGUACUCUUACAAGGAGGUUUUUUACAAUCAUAGUAUAAACCAACAAAAUGUAUAAAUUGUAAAUACAAACUAAGCAAUUA